UGUAAAAAAGAAUGAAAUUAAGGAAAAACAGGCAGAAGAAAACAACACUAAAAUGAGGAAGAGUCAAGAAAACAAGAGAUAUUAAGGCUGCGGAAAAAUGAAUUGAAGCAAAACGUUUAUAUGUGCAUAUGUACAUAUGUAUGUAUGCAUGUCUAUAAGUAGAAAGAGGCGAAUUGAAUGUGUGCUUCCAGCGAAACAGACACGAAAGUGUAUAUACAUAUGUACAUUGGUACAAAUGUAUGUAUGUUUUCAUGUGUAUGUAUACAAUUUAUACCUGCGUACCUGCGUACCCGCGUACAUCUUAUAGAUUUCUUUGUAAACAGGUAUGGUAGCCGCCUGCUGUGAUCUACGCUAUACACAUGCAUAGAUACAUACAUAUGUAUACACACACACUCGCGCACACACGCGCACACACGGCAUGUACUUUCAUUUGAUUUCAUAAACUGGUAAACUUUUUUUGCUAGAGUAAUCGGCGUGAUCGUUCGAUGGCACCGGCAUUCAUUAAAUUUUUCAUUCAUUUUGAAAUGAAUUCGCCGCAAGUGGGCGAACGAACGCCAAUACACGUACACCGACUCUCCAACGACGAUAUGAAAGAAAGACCGGUAGUGUGAACUCGUUGAGCAGGCAGAGCCAGUUUGACGCUCAAACAGUAUCGCCUACAACGAGUGUGCGCGUCUAUACAAAAGUAUGAAUGGAUAUAUGUGAGCGGAUAUAUGUAUUUUCUCUGGACUUUGAGUCAUUGACUUCGACCUGCAACCGAGCUCAUCGAAAUUCUCAAGAAAAGAUGUGAAAAAUACUCGAAGCGAAUUGGGCUUUUGAGUUUUUUACUCAAAUUAUUUUCGCUCUCUAUGAGAGAGCACUUCAUUACAGCUAUGCCACAUCACAUACAUACACAUACGUAGUCACGGCUACAUUCGCCCUCGCCCACUGUAUCCGUAUAGAUACCGAUAAUAUACGUACGACAGCUGUACGUAUCCGCCGUCGCUUUGUUUGUAUAGGUGAUGGCUGGCAUGUGGGCAAACUGUAGACAGCGAGAAGGCAAAAAUUUUGUCGGUUGGCGGCUCGUCGUGCACAUUAACGUAGUUCAUUUCGCUUAAAAAAGUUUGUGAGUUAAAAACUCGACAGACGUAGCGCUCAUCGUGCGAUCAGAUUAUAAGCGUGUGGAACGGAUCCAACGGUGCGGAUGUUUUUGAUGAAAAAAUUCAAUAGUUUUCCAUAUUUUCAUUAGUGUUUAAAUCGGCAUAUAUUGAAAUAAAACCGAAUUGAAUCACCGAAAAGCCUACAAAAAAGUGAAAUAUGUAAAUAUUUUCGUUAAAAAAAUAUACAUACAAAUGAACUGAGUGUGCGUUGGGCUGAUGAAAAAGUGAAGUGGAAAUUAAGAAAAUUCAAUAAUUUUGUAAGCAAUAAAUAGGUAGCACAGCACUACAGUGCGCUUGGAAUAUGAUCAAUAAAAAAUUUUACUUUCGUGGAUAAACAAAUUAGUUACAAGCAAAAAUACUUCCUCAGCUGGCGUAAGCCGAAUUUAAAAAGAAAUAAAUAAAUAUUAAUCCUCAUCAAUGCUGAAUGGCAGACAAGUGUACAAGAGUGAAAACAAAACAUAAGAAUAUUAAAAAGCACACAGAAAAGAAGCAUUUAAAAUUAUGAAAUUGCCGAUCUAAACGAAAUUUUCAAAAUAUUACUUGCAAAUGUACACACGUACAUAUGUACAAGUACAUAAAUGCCAACGAAUUAAAAUUAAAAAAAUUAAAAAUAAACAACACGACUGUUUUAGGAAUAUACAUACCCAUGUAUGUAUAUAAGCAUGUGUUGAAGGUGAAAAAAAAAUUUGCAUACAUAAAUAUCUACAUUAAUAAAAUUUAAAUACAUACAUACAUACGUGUUUCACUCAAAAAAAUAAAAACCGCUAUCAGCGAAAAAAAUUUUGCAAGGCAAAUAAUUUAUGAAAACAGUGUCAAAACAUUAUUCACAUCAACAGGAAAAAAAUGCGAAUGUGCCUAUAUAAUAUACAAAGUAAAUACACCCAUCCAUGUAAACAUUAAUUUAAAGUUUACUUUUUAUUGCGUAUGAUUCUUACUAAUCCUUAUUGGAAUUUAGUGCAAAACGUUUAAAUUUUCAAAAAAUUGAUUUAAAAAGUAAUUACUGUUAGCUGCUGCAAUAUACCAACAUAAUCAGCCAGAAGAACAUCCUAUGAACUUUGGAUACCUAUAUAUAUAGGAUGAAACUACGUUUGGAUUGCUUUUAAAAUUUAAUAAAGCGAAUCGUUUUCCAUUCACCGCACCGGGAUUACACGAAAAUCAACUCUGCGUCGAAUUGCUUGUGCGUUCUUACGAAUUGGCGCUACAACAUUCGUGGAUUUGCCUCGAGCGAGUCGAGCAGAAAAAGAAUGAGGGAAACUGUUGGUCCACGGCUAAUUUACCGAGGGCAUUGAGGUUUCUCAAAUACUAGAUUGCCACACUACAUGGAUCGUAGAAAUGGCGGCGAUAUUUUGGCGCCACCACGGCCCCCAAAGCAAUUACCACGUAUACAUCGUCCACGCGCACCCGAUCCCGAGACUAUGUUAAACGGCACACAAAUGCAACAAGAGUGGCAGCAGCAACAGCGACAACAACAACAGCAACAGCAACAGCAGCGUCAAAUGACUUCUACGCCAACGCCGGCGUCAACAGCAGCGAACACUUCGAGCACCGAAACAACGCAACGUACAAUUAGUAACAGCCCGAGACAACAACAGGCACAUCAACAAUAUCAACAACAUCAACAACAGCAACAACAGGAACAAAAUAUCAGUAGUAACAAUUAUUCAAGUCAAUAUAGUAUUACGGGCGUGGAUCGAGGUAUUGGUACAAAUAGUCAAAAUGAGAAUAUUGCCAUUGUCAAUACAUUGAUGCAACCAGAAUACGAGGAUCAAGAGAUCCAUCAUUUGACGAUACUGCCACAACGGCCGACUACAUUAAAUCUGAGCCGCAAUAGCAGUCACGUGAGCAAUACAUCUUCAUCGACCUCUUCGUCCUCGAUAACAGCAGCGAGUACGUUUACACGCCGUCGGCAAUUACCACCAACACCAGGCGCUGCCGCUCGUCUGUUGGUAAAUAACACCGCUAAUAACAGCAGCAGCAGCACCAGCAUCAGCAACAACAGCAACACCCGAGCGCAGCCGAAUAACAACAAUAAUAGUAGCAGCAUUAGUGGUCUAAGUGCCGGUCUCACCGGCUUACUCAGUCAUUUCCAUAGCAACGAACCCGCUGUGCCGUCAUCAGUUACGCUGGCUCAACCGCGACCAGAGUCUCAGCGGCUCACCAAUGAGUACGUCGACACGCCGUUCCGAAAUGCUGCCGCGAAUGCCGUUAUACCAAAUCAAUUGCAAUUGCAGCACGCUUCCCGUGCACAACAUCCGGCGGGGCAGCAUGAUGGUGGUCAAACGACAACGCAUCAUCUAUUGUUACUGCCGCAACGCGAGUUCCGCCAGCAGCAGCAGCAACAACACCAACAACAUCAGCAUCAGUUACAUUCGAACCGCUUGGCGGGCACUGUGGCCUCGGCGACCGUCACGGCGGGCAUCGAUGGCACGGACGGCUUCUUACAUUCGCAUCAUAACCACAAAACGCCACUGUCCGCGACAACUGCAACGACAACAGCAAUCUGUCCACAUACGGGCAAGGUGAUUCCAGUCUCGCAGAAUGGGCACAGUGGCAGUAACAGUGGUGUCGGUGGCUUGGGUAGCUUUACCAGCUCGCUAAAUGCGCAACAGUCACACACGCAAGCAAUUACAAAACAACCCGCCUCAACGACCAGCCAAACGUCGCAGCUCGAUAGCAAUAAUUGUAAAUUUGCUAAAGAUCUACCCGCAUUCGACGACUUGUUAACUAUGCACAAUAUAGCGACGGGCAUUUCCACGCCACAGGGUAUGAUAUCCGCUGUACAUGGCGCCAGUCCGCUCGGCACGCCCAUCAUACUUGGCAGCAGUGGCGAUACAUCCUCACUAAAUCAACUACUCUGCCCACGUUGUGGUCAUUGCCGCUGCGAAAUGUGCCAAAAUCCACCGCAUCUGCCGCAAACGUGGCUCUGCAAUAAGACCUGCCUAUGCAGCGCCGAAUCGGUCAUCGAUUAUGUAUCGUGUCUGUGUUGUGCCAAAGCGCUCUUCUAUCAUUGUGCACGCGACAAUGAUAUGGAUUGCGAUGAUGGCUCCGGCACACCAUGCGUUGACAAUCCCUGCUCAUGUGGACCCUACAAACGUACACAACGUUGGGGUUGGCUUGGCGCACUAUCACUUGUGCUGCCCUGCCUUUGGCUCUACUGGCCCAUGCGCGGCUGUGUGUCUUUCUGUGAAAAAUGCUACGGACGCAUUGUGGGACGAGGCUGCCGCUGCCAACAAACGGAUUCGCCUACCAACAUUAUACCCAUCUCACAGUUGGGUCUUAACGGCAGUGGUGGUAGCGGUACAACAAGCAUUUUGAGCGGCAACAAUGGUGGUACCGAUUCAUUGAAAUCGGCCGAUCAUCAUCACAAUCAUCAUCACCAUCACAAUCAUCAUACGCGAAAGGGUGAUCUAACGCCGAAGAAACGUCUGCUCGAUUCAAAUGGCGAGUACUGAAAGAACGAGAGGUACAUAUUAUAGAAGAAGAGUACUAACUACAAACAUACCUGAGUAUGGAGUAUACUGCAGUACUGAAGUUGGUUUAAUGUGGAAGAGUUUAACGAAUUGGUAUAGAACCACUGCUGGCGGUGGGUUAUGGCGUGUGGAUUUUGAGUUUGAGGUUUAACACUUCCUGUGUGAUAGCGGUAGAAACCUAAUCAGCUGUUUGUAGUGCACCGAUUGCGCAGGCAAAAAUCGAGCAACAGUAUUUUAAUGUACAAUGACUUGCAUUUAGUAAACGCGCUAGAUUUCCAGUCCCUUGCUCUAUCUCUCUAUCCCUCGCGCGCUCUCUGCAACUCUCUCUCUAUCGCAGCAGUACCAUUUAUUGUGGAGCGUGCGUAAGUACCAGUGAGCUGCCCCAAAACGCCAAGCCCGCCGCGGCAGUUGUCUAACGCUAAAUACAUUACAUAGAAGUGUAGGGGGAAAGAAGGUAAAACGAAAUACGAAAAAUCAACUCUGCACAAUUAAAAUAAAACAUGUAACAGCGCAGAAUAAAUUGAGGAGCUUAGUGAGGGAAAAAAUUAGUGGUAAAAAAUUGUAAACAAGUUUGGUAGGAGCGUGAAAACCGUGAGAGAAAUUCAUUAAUAUGCGUAAACUAUAUAUUUUAGAGUAAACAAAUUUUAAUAACCAAAGACUGCAAACAGAUAAUUAUUAAUUAUUAGAAAUGUUAUUUAAAACGGAAUUAAAAAGUGCCAAGCUUUCUAAUUUUAACUAUCUACUAUUUCAAAGAUAGUUUUUAUUGUGUGAACGCAAUUUAUCAAUUCAUCAGGUUAUCUGCAAUUUCAAAUUUUUAAUUAGUUUUUUUUUGUUAUAUUUUUUUUUAGUUUUUUUUCGAAUAU